AUGCCGAUCACGAACAAGUCCACGCGGGAGAGAUCCCUGCCCGGGCCCGGAGAGAGCGACCCCCCCCCUCCGGCCCCGCGGCCAGGCCUUGCAGUUCCUCAGGGCGUUGCCGCCUCGCAGCGCGAAUCGGACCCUCUCAUACCGAAGCUCCUCAAGACGCUGGCCACCAAUGAACCGCCAACGGACCGCUUCGCCGCGCUGGAGAUCGAGGGCCGAGCGGAGGGUCCGCUGCACGCUCUCCCGGGCGGACUUGCAGAUCGGCCGCCGUACAGGGCGGAGGGCGUGACGUCGCUCGUGAGGCACCGCGGCGGAUGGCUGGCGCUGUUCUUCGUCGGGCUCAUGGCGAGCGCGUUCGUCGUCGAGGAGUUCGAGUUCAUCAUCCAGCAGCACAUCGCGCUGUCGUACUUCGUGCCGCUGCUCAUCGGGCACGCGGGCAACUCCGGGUCCCAGGCGUCGGCGACGAUCAUCCGCGCGCUGGCGCUCGGGGAGGUGGGCUGGGGGGACUGUGGGAGGGUGGUGUUCAAGGAGGGGUCCGCGGGGCUGGUCGUGGGCGCGGGGCUCGGGUGCGCCGUGUGGGCGGGCAGCCUCGCGUGGCCCGCCAUGACGCCGCUCGAGGGCCUCGCCGUGGGCGUGGCGCUGCCGCUCGUCAGCGUGUGGGCCAACGUCCUGGGCGGGUUCCUGCCGCUGCUCGCCGCCCGCGUGGGCCUCAACCCCUCGGACACGGCCGCGCCGCUGAUGACCACGCUCGUGGACGCCACGGGUCUCAUCAUCUACUUCAUCGUCGCCCGCAUGAUCCUGAAUAUCUGA